AAAAAAGGAAACACUGAUGAAAAGGAUGAAGUAGUGUAUGAUACAGACAGUUAAACUCGACACAGAUCUUCUUGCUGCCACUGACAUACUGCAAAGUCUCCGCGCUUGGUGUGAUGCUACUCAGGACUGGCACGAUGCAUUAGGACGACUCGUGCCUGACCAUGUUUAGAAGACAAGAGGAGCUGGAUCGCACCCUAUUUGUGGGCAAUUUAGACUGCAAUGUCAACGAGGAGAUUCUGUACGAACUCUUUCUGCAGGCCGGGCCUCUUACCAAAGCGACCAUUGCAAAAGACAAAGAAGGUAAUUCAAAGGCAUUUGGCUUUAUCCGCUUCAAGCACUCAGAAUCUGUGCCUUAUGCCAAGGCCUUACUGAAUGGCAUCCGAUUAUAUGGACGGGCAAUUAAAGUUCACUAUCAAUUCGGAAGUUCCUUCUCUUCUGAAGAGACUAAUGCACCUCAAAGUUCAGCUAAUGGUUUCACCCCAUAUCCCCAAGACUACGGAAUGAGUGGUCCAGAGGACAGAUCUGCUGCCCUUUCAACCACAAACUUUGUGGAUAACAACUAUUUUCAUCAGACGUUUAUGUACUUCCAGGGGAUGAUAAACCAGUGUUUAUCUUAUGGAUGGAUGGGCCAGCAACCUUCCUGUUCGACACUAGCCUUUCCUUGGCAUAACGACAACCCCUUUCCAUGGCCGAACGAAUCAGGAAGUGACGGUGUUCCCGGGCCAAGUUCUAUGGACUGCAACGCAAACAGCUACAGGGCCUACCAAAACUGCGAACACCCAAAUAAAAAGAGAAAGAAGCAAACCCACGAUUCUACCAGUAACAGUUCAGACCUGAACCAGCAUGAACAAAGCCACAAGCCGAGAAAGCGCAAGAAAAAAAAGGAAGACUUAGAUGUCUUUGGGCAAAAGCAGAAAAAAUUCUGAACUGAAUUUUCCAGCAUCAAAAGGAUGAAAUAGUGUGUAGUGUUCAUUAGUACAAUGGACCAAAGCUGGAAUCUGAAAGCACUCACUUGAACUGUCAUUUUAUUUUGACUGGUUAUAGUUUAUUUUGACUGGUUAUAGCUAUGCUAUAUAUAUAUGAUGCAGAUUCCUUGUAUAUCAUUGUCUGCACUAAACACGUAUGUUCCAUACAUUCUAUGGAAAUGCUGUGAUAUAGAAAUAUACCAAUAAAGGAAACUUUACUGGAAAGGCUACACAUUAUACUGCCCUAUAACAAAGCACCAAGGACUUGUGGGUUAUUUGGCUUAGUUAUAGGUAAACGGGAGAAGGGUUCUGGAUCAGUGAUGAAGGUAGAGAAGAAAAUGUAGGUAUACAUUUAAAUAUAAGCAAAAAUGUAAAAAAACGAUGUAUCUCUGGUUGCCAGGGAAAGUUAUGCUUGGCAACCUGAUUGCAGAUUUCUUCUGAAAUUAAAUUAUUUUCUUAUAAGUGGGGGGUCAAGCAUCCAGAUAUUAUUCCACAUUCAAAUCUGUAGAGUUGCAGAACAAACACUUAUAAUCAUUAUAAUAAAAUGAAUUAGUAAUAAUUUAAAAAUAAAAA